AUGGGUGGGGUUGUGUGUGGGGGUGGUUGGGGGAGUUAUAGGGAUGGGUUGGGGGGAGGGAUGGUGAAGGUAUUGAAGGGGAGGGAAUGGGGUGAAGUGUUGUUUGAAGUUUGGUUUUUGGGAUGGGGAUUGGAUAUUGGGUUUGUUUGUUGGGGUGAGGGGGAUUUUUGUGGGUUUGGUGAGUUUGGGGGUUUGGGUUGGGUGUGUAGUUGGGUUGGGUUUGUUGUUUUUUUUGGUUUUGUGUUUUUGGGUAUUGGUGUGGGUUGUGUGAGUGUGGUAUUGGUGGUGUGUUUGGGGGGGGUGGUGGUGAUGGGUGUGUUGGUGGAUGGUGGUGGGUUUGGGGUUUUUAGUGUGGUUUUGUUGUUUGGGUUUUAUAUGGUGGUGGAUUAUUUGGGUAUGGGUUUGGGGGGGAUGGUGUUUUUGAGGGGUUUGGGGGAGGGGGGGGGGUGUUGUGUGGUUUGUUUUUGUUGGUGUUUGAGUUUUGGUGGUUUGGAUGAUGUAGGUUUGGGUGUGUUUGUUUUGGGGUGUGGGUUGUGGUAG